AAACAUGGCGUGGCCAAUAUUGAUCCUCAAACAAAAGAGCUAACUUUGGUGACGACAAAAAUGAAUCAAAAUCACAAAAAAAUUCCUCCUUUUCUUCUCUCCAUUGUGAAAACACCCAUAUAUGUAGGCUUGUUUAUGUAUCUCUACACUCACAGAGAAUCAAAUCGGAAGGGGAAAAGACAAGAAAGCCCUCAUCAGUUUUAGCUGAAGUUCAUCAAUGGCUGCUGCUACUGCUUCUGCUUCAGUUUCUUUGAAUCAUCAUCGUUCUGUGGUUCCAAAACAUCAUGGGGUUUCUUUGAAUUCAAGAAUUGGUGUUCCUACAAGGUUUUCCUCAAAUGGGUACACUUCAAGAAUCAGGGCUACCUCUGCUGUUGCUGUAGAACCGGAAUUGAGAACUCCAGCUCAGGAUGCUACGAAAGCUGAAUUGUUUGCUUGCCCAAUUUGUUAUGAACCUCUUAUAAGAAAAGGGCCUUCAGGAUUUAAUGUACCUGCAAUCUACAGAUCAGGCUUCAAAUGCAGAAAAUGUAACAAAUCAUAUUCAAGCAAAGAUGUCUACCUUGAUCUCACUGUUACUUCUGGAACAAAACAAUACAAUGAAGUUAAACCAGCUCGGAGUGAACUAUUCAGGAGUCCAAUUGUUUCAUUCUUGUAUGAGAGAGGCUGGCGUCAAAAUUUUAACCUAAGUGGUUUUCCUGGUCCUGAUGAAGAGUUUAAGAUGGCUCAAGAGUACUUUAAAGUUGCCGAAGGUGGUGUUCUUGUUGACGUUAGCUGCGGUAGUGGAUUGUUUUCCAGGAAAUUUGCCAUAUCUGGGGCCUAUUCAAGAGUCGUUGCACUUGACUUUUCUGAAAACAUGCUUCGCCAAUGUUAUGAUUUCAUCAAGAAUGACGAGAGUAUCAUAAGCUCCAAUCUAGCUCUUGUAAGGGCAGAUGUUUCCAGAUUACCUUUUCCCUCUGGAUCUAUUGAUGCUGUGCAUGCAGGUGCGGCCUUGCAUUGUUGGCCAUCUCCGUCCAAUGCAAUUGCUGAAAUUAACCGGAUUUUGCGUAGUGGAGGUGUAUUCGUUGGUACUACAUUUCUUCGAGUCAAUCCUUCAGCUCCUACGAUAUUCAGGGCCUUGGAGCAGAGUGCUCUACGGACGUACAGCUAUUUUACUCAAGAGGAGAUUGAAGACUUGGUGACAAGCUGUGGUCUCAUCAACUAUACCAGUAAAGUUCAGAGCUCUUUUAUCAUGUUUUCCGCACAAAAACAAUGAUCGUUUGGCUGGUAUAAACGCGUUAUUUUUCCUGUUUUGGUAUAUGUUUGCACUCGUUUCGCUGUGCAAUCUAUCUCAACCCUGUAAAAAAUAGUAUAUACAGUACAUAAAAGUUGAUUCAGUCUGUUAAAGAACAUUCUUUCUUGUGAAUAAUUUACACUGCUGGUGUAACUAGACACUAUAGUGUAGCACAUCAGCACAUGUAAUAAUCCUUGGACUUGAGUUAUUUCG